CUCAGUCUGUUUGAUCUCCAAUUUUUCCCCCUAGCCAGAGAAGAAAAUCCCCAUCGCUGUGGCCUCGGCAAAUUCCACCAUGACUCUGGUACAUCUCAUGAAGCCUUCAAAGUCCACCAGCAUCUGCUCCUUCCAUUCAGUAUUACCUCAAGACAAUCUUGAGUUAGACCUGUUGAGAAGCUCCAUCGCAUGGCCUGAAACACCACCUUUACUGACCAACUUCUUUCUGAAUGAUACCAGUGAUCCCGCUCACAGCACCUUCACCAUUCUCCCACGUAAAGAUGGUGGAAGUUGGCACGUUGGCGACCAGCUGGAGGUUUUGAUAAAAAUGAACAACUUCCUCGGUCGUCCCAAGAAAUCUGGCGGAGACGUCCUGUUUGCUCGGCUGCACAACCCGACUGUUCGUGCAGGUGUGACGGGGCGAGUGUCGGAUUAUGGCGAUGGUUCCUACACCGCUGUGUUCCCUUUGCUCUGGGAAGGAAGUGCUCAAGUUGAGGUGACCCUCGUCCACCCCAGUGAGGCGGUCACGGUCCUGCGAAAACUGAACCUGGAGCAGCCAGACAGAAUAUACUUUCAAAGCAUCUUUCGCUCAGGCCAGGUUUCCGAGACUACCAAAUGUAAUGUGUGUCUCAAAGCGCCCAAGGAAAAGUUGUGCAACUUCACAGACCCCUACACAGGUGAGCCCUGGUUCUGCUACAAGCCAAAGAAACUCAACUGUGACUCUCGGCUCACCCACUCCAAAGGAGGUUUCAAUAAAAAACUGACACCAAUGGAGGAGAAACUCUUCCAAAGUGGAGUCAACAUGAAAGUGGCAAUUUCGGCAUCAGGACUCUCCAACAUCACCAUCUCACCAAAACUUCAAGGGGGAACUAAUCAGAGUAUACAGACCAAUCCUGCUGGUUAUUACUACCAGGGUGUAUGGCGAGCACUGGACGGGACCAGGGUCCUCCAGUUCAACACGUCCACAGCAGUCAGUCAGUGUCUGAAAGGGAAGGUGCUCCACCUGUAUGGAGACUCCACCAUCAGGCAGUGGUUUGAAUAUCUAACAGAAUCCUUACCAGGUCUCAAGAAGUUUGACCUGAAAACUCCAAAGCAAAAUGGACCCUUCCUGGCGUUAGGCCCUGAAAACAACAUCUUAGUGACGUUCCGCUGCCACGGUCCCCCCAUCCGUUUUGCCACCAUGCCUGCCAAUCAAGCGCGUUACAUCGCCAGUGAACUGGACAGUGUGAUUGGAGGCAAAGACACUGUUGUAGUUAUUGGAGUUUGGUCUCACUUCAGCACUUUCCCUAUUGAGGUCUACAUCCGACGUCUGCUGAGCAUACGGAGGGCAGUGGUGCAGCUGUUGACCAAAGCGCCGGGUACGGUGGUCAUCAUCAGGACCGCAAACCCCAAAGCGUUGACAAUUUACGAGACUCUGACAAACAGUGACUGGUAUUCCCUACAGUGUGAUAAGGUCCUCAGGGAAAUAUUUAAAGGUGUCAAUGUCCAACUGGUGGACGCCUGGGAGAUGUCUAUAGCGCACCACCUGCCUCACAGCAUCCACCCACAACCUCCUAUUAUAAAGAAUAUGAUAGAUGUUAUCUUGUCCCACACAUGCCCUGCUGCUGCUAGCUCUGAAAGGCAAACAAAGCUUUAGAAAUGGUUUGGAGUGGGUGUUCUGGUGCAAUUUCUACCAAACAUUUAACCGUUAGCUGUUGGUUUGUGGUGAGAAAUGAUUUUUCUAAAAUCCUGUUUGGCUAACACGGCAUUUCAGAAAAAGAAAUCUUACUUCCAGUAAAACACGGUGGUGGUAGUGUGAUGAUCUGGUGCUGCUUCAGGGCCUGGUGAACUUGUUAACUAAUGGAACCACAGAUCUGCUCCUUAGCUGAACAUUCUGAAGGCGACAGUCUUUCCAUCAAUGCAGCAUCAUCACCUCAAGAGUAUUUCUGUUGUGCAUUCAUAACACACCAGCAAGUCCAUCUCUUAAUGACUUCAAACCAUUGAGGAUGGUUCAUCUGACGCACAAAAACAAUGAUUGUUUUGAUGAAAAACAAUGAUUACAUACUCGGAUCCACCUAAAAGCCUCGGCCUCGGUCCGGCUGAAGUGAACUCUGAUGCGGUUGGAAGGCAGUGAGAAUGCAACCUUUGAAAACAUGAAUUUUACAGAAUCUCGGAGGUUUCUGCAACACAGUCUGAAACAGGUACUUCAGAGAAAUGCUAAGAGCAUCUAUAGUGACUCUUUACAAGAAACUUGAACAAUAAACAAUCUGCCCGAAUGACAUGUCAUCCAUCAUAUAAAACA